AAAUAAAAAACAGCAAGCUCAAUCAGCCAACAAGUCUUCACGGCACCCCCAUUCCCCCACACCUCCGAUCUAUCUCCUUCCAAGCUUCCAUGGAGGAGGAGCUAGGCACGAGCAUCGAGGCUCUCAUCCGACGGCUUAGGCUCCACCAGCCGCCUCCCUCCCCUUAUACCGGCGAUCCUUCAACAGCGGCGACCCCAGCCGCAGCUAACCUGUUUCAGCCUCGGAGAGCCGCCGUGCUGGUCUGCCUCUUCCAGGACGCUGCCGGCGAGCUGCGUGUCCUCCUCACCAAGCGCGCUUCCUCCCUCUCCACCCACUCCGGUGAGCAGCUCGCCCGCUUCUGCGUGACAGCUUCUGAUCUAUCCGAAUCGUGGCGCCCCGGUCUCGUUUUACGGCCCGUAGGGGAGGUUGCAUUGCCCGGAGGAAAGGCAGAUGAGGGCGAUGCUGAUGAUGCAGCAACAGCAUUAAGGGAGGCAAAGGAGGAGAUUGGGCUUGAUCCAUCCUUGGUCACUGUCGUUUCCUCGCUUGAGCACUUCUUGUCCAAGCAUCUUCUGGUAGUUGUUCCUGUUGUUGGUAUACUCUCAGAUAUACACGCAUUCAAACCUAUCCUUAAUGUUGAUGAGGUGGACGAUAUUUUUGAUGUACCCCUAGAGAUGUUCCUCAAGGACGAGCGCAGGAGAUCCGAGGAGCGAGAAUGGAUGGGGCAGGAGUUCACACUUCAUCACUUUGAUUACGAGAAAGACAACAAGACGUAUGUAAUCUGGGGUCUGACUGCCGGCAUCUUGAUUCAUGCGGCUUCAGUUGUAUACCAGCGGCCACCAGACUUUGCUGAGCGAAGAGUACAAUUCAACCUUCCGAAGUGCUCAAAGGAGCCUUCUCCAAUGCCAUGAUCAGGAUUAGGAUGCACACUCAGUUACAUGUCUGAUUCAGCAUACAGAAGACUACAUACACCAGAAGAAAUGGUGGUAUAGGAUCUAAAAGGUUUCCAAAUCAUGUGCUGUUAUAUGAUUUAUUUAUUAUUCUUGGAUGCGCCUAUGGUACGCCGUCCCUGCAAUUGAUGUGAAGCGUUACGCCCUGUGGUUCAGCUGCGCCAUGAUUAUGCAGGGUGUGCCACAUCAAGCAGAGGACGACGAUGCAUUCCAUGGUGUGCAACUUGUUGCACACAGCGAUUAAAAUUCAAACGUUUGACAAACAUAUUUGUCCUCUAUUCAUUGCAUAAUCGUACAGUAUAAGAACAUCAUUCAGAAAAUGUUUGGUGCUUACCUGAGUACAAUCCAAUCACUUGUCCGCUGCUUC